AUGAAAUCAUUUAAUCCAUAAGACUGUUUGGAAAGAAUGCAAUAAAUAAAAACAAAUAUGAAACUUUAAAAUAACUUUUAAGCUUAGCCUAAAUAAAUUAAUUUACUUGGGAAAUAAAAUUUGUUGGAGAAGGGUAAAUUUAUUUAUAUUAGAAUAGGAAAAUAAUUAUUUUAUUAAGAAAGAUAUUAUGAAGCAAUGUAGUAUUUUGAAGAUACUUUGAAUGAAAAUAGUAAGAAUAUAGAGGCUAUUGAUUGGAAAGGUAUUUAUAAAUAUAAUCAAAGGAAGAACACUAGAGAAAUUACAUUAUUAUAAUAAAGCUAAAAAAUGUUAUAAUAUAGUUUUGUAAAAUUAUCCUGAAGAUUAUGAUACUUACUUCCGUAAAGGUUCAUACAAUUAUUAAAUACUAGGAAAGGUCUUACUUAAAUUAUUAUUUUAUGAAAAAGCAAUAGUUAAUUUUAAUAAAGCGAUUAAAUUAAAUCCACUAAAAAGUGAUCUUGUAUAUUAUUAUAAAGGUAUUUUUUUGAUCUUUGUUAAAUUUAUUUUAGGUAUUGCUCUAACUAAUAUAGAAGAAUUCAAAUAUGCAUAUAAAAGUUUUUGCAAAUCAAUAUAGAUAAAUUAGAAAAACAGUUAAGCUUAUUAUGAAAAUGGUCUUAUAUUAAUUAUUUAUUUAUUAGGUAGACUAUUAAUUUUUAUGAAAAAAUAUAACCAGGCUAUUUUAAACUUAGAUUUAGCAAUUAAAUAUAAUAUAAAAUAUAAAGAAGCUUAUUUAGAAAAAGGUUUGAUAAAAUUUUGUUAUUUAUUAGGCCUAGCUCUAUCAAAAUUAGGAGAAUAAAAUUAAGCAAUUUAAUGUUUUAAUUAAGCUAUUAAAAUUGAUUAUAAUUAUGAUUAAGCUUAUUUAGAAAAGGGUUAAUAGUUUUAAAUAUUCUUUAGGUAGAUCAUUAAUUGAAAUCUAAAAAUUUGAUGAGGCAAUAUCAAGUUUAAAUGAAGCUAUUUAUAUUAAUAGUGAUAAUUGUGAAGCAUAUUUAGAAAAAGGUACUUUUAAUGUAAUUAUAAUUAGGGAGAGCAAUAUUAAAAUUAGAUUAAUAUUAUGAAUCAAUAAAAUGUUUUGAUGAAGCUCUUGAUAUUAAUCCCAAUUUUCAGAAAGCUUACUUAAAAAAGGGUUUUUAAAUAAAUUAAUUAUUUAGGUCAAGCCUUAAAUAAAAUGCAUAAUUACUAGGAAUCUAUCAACUAUUUUUUAUAGGCUAUUGAUAUAGAUUCUAAUGAUAAUAUAGCAUAUUAUGGUUAUGGUAUGUCAGUAUGAUAAUUUAUAAUAGCUCAAGCUUUAGUUGGAUUACAGUAUUAUAAAGAAGCAGAAAAAGCUUUUGAAGAAGCUUAAAAUAUAGCUAAUAAAAAUAAUCCUUUAUAUGAGACUUAAUCAAACGUAUAAGAAAUAGAUGAUGAUGAAUUGGAUGAUACUGAACUAGAAGAUGAUGAAUUAUAUGAAGAUGAAUUAGAUUUUCUAAAUUUUUUAGAUCAACAGGUGUUUUUGGGAGAUAAAAUUACAUUGGUAGAAAACUUCUUAAUCCCUAAUUUAGGUUGAAAAAAUUGAUAAAACUAUAGAUAGUUUAUAAAUCGAAUUAUAAAAUACCACUGAAAUAUAAUAAAUUAAUUAUUAUUUACAAACAGGUAUUUUAUUUAGCCUCUUCAUUAGGGUGUGAAUUAAAUAAUAAAUCUCAUUACAAAAAUGCAAUUGAAUAAUUCAAUUAGGCUUUGUUACUCAAUCCCUUAUAACCAGUUAUUAAUUAUAAUAAGGGUAUGAUUAUAAUAUCAUAAUAGGUUGUUCUUUAUUAAAUCUGAAAUAAUAUGAAUUGGCUAUUGAUUAUUUUAAUAUUGCUAUUAACUAAAAUUCUCAAGAUGCAGAUUAUUAUUAUAAUAAAGGUAAUAAACCUUAUAAUUUAAGGGAUUGCCCUAAAUUAACUCAAUCGUUUUCAAGAAGCAAUAGAGUGUUUUUAAAAAGUUCUUGAACUAGAAAAGAACGAUGUAGAUUCAUUAAUUAAUAUUGGUUAGUAUUUAAGUAUAUCUAGGUUUUGCACUAAACUCUUAAAAACUCUACAAAGAAGCUAUUUAAUAUUAUGAUAAAGCGAUAGAACUAAAUUCUGAAAGUGAUGUAGCCUAUAAUAAUAAAGGUUAAAUCUCUAAAAUAUUUAGGUAACACAUUAUAUUUGUUGGAUUAAAUCUAAGAAGCAAUAUAUUAGUUUGAUUAAGCUAUUAGAAUAGUUUAAAAACCCGUGUAUAUUAUGAAUAAAUGUAAUAAAUUAUUUUAUUAGUUUAGUUGAAUCAUUAAAAUAAUUAAAUAAAAUUAAUUAAACCUAGAAAUUGCUAUGA